AAAAAGAAAAGAAAAGGAGAGAGCAGGAAAGGAGAGGACAGGACAUUCCCCAUAUAUUUGCUGCUUCUGCGGGGUCACUCACAUUCGACCACAUUUCCACAAGAGUCUUCUUCCUGCCCCUCUCUUCUUUCUUUCUCCCUCUCUUCUUUCUCGUCUCGGGUUGAACAAGAAGGCUCUCCUCUCUUCUGCUUUUUCUUUUUCGAUUCAAAUCAAAAGCAUAGCCAUAAUCAUGAUUACCCUCUGGAUUCAUGCUCUGCUUUUGACGGAGUUAUUCUUGACCUCUCUUGUUCAUUUGGUGUAUGCCUUCUACAUUUUUAGCACAGCCGUCGCGGGGGAUCUCUCCCAGUUCCUCUUCUCCCCCUCCCCCAAAGUUGCCGUCCAUCAGGGAUUCCCUGCAACCACAAUACCCAAUCCCCACGCUCUCCCUCCCAUUGUCUUAGUCCAUGGAAUUUUUGGUUUUGGCCAAGGAAGAUUGGGAUCUUUAUCCUACUUUGCGGGGGCCGAGAAGAAAGACGAUAGGGUGCUUGUCCCUGAUCUAGGAUCCUUAACCAGCAUUUAUGAUAGGGCUCGCGAAUUGUUCUAUUAUCUCAAAGGCGGACGAGUCGAUUAUGGGGAAGAACACAGCAACGCCUAUGGCCACUCUCAAUUUGGGCGACUUUAUGAACCAGGACACUAUCCUCAAUGGGAUGAAGACCAUCCUAUUCACUUUGUUGGCCAUUCUGCCGGAGCGCAGGUCAUUCGAGUACUCCAGCAAAUGCUCGCCGACAAGGCAUUCAAGGGGUAUGAGAAUACCAAUGCAAACUGGGUAAUAAGCAUGACGUCCUUAUCAGGAGUAUUCAAUGGGACUACCAGGACCUACUUGGAUGGGAUGCAGCCGGAAGAUGGGAGAUCAAUGAAGUCUAUAUCCCUGCUGCAGUUCUGCCGCCUGGGCGUUAUAGUAUAUGAUUGGAUUGACAUUCCCUGGUUGAGAGCAUAUUAUAACUUUGGGUUUGAUCACUUUAACAUGUCGUGGAAGAAAAUGGGUAUUUGGGGUCUUCUUGAUUGCCUCAUGGGAAAUUCGGGUCCGUUUGCGUCUGGAGACUGGAUCCUCCCUGAUCUUACCAUACAGGGUUCCAUCCAUCUCAACAACCAAUUACAGACCUUUCCUAACACGUACUAUUUUAACUAUGUAACCAAAUGUACUAGGAAGAUCUUAGGGAUCACGGUUCCAUCAAGCAUAUUUAGAAUCCAUCCCUUGUUUUUUAUUAGAGUUCUGCAGAUGAGCCAAUGGCGCCACCCUUCCGAUGUCGCGCCACCUUACAAAGACUACAGAGAUGAAGAUUGGCAAGACAACGAUGGUGCGCUUAACACCAUAUCCAUGACUCACCCACGUUUUCCAGUUGAGCAUCCAAGUCGUCAUGUCGUAAACGAUUCAGAUUGUAAACCCCUCGAACCUGGCAUCUGGUACUACAAGAUCAUUGAAGGUGAUCACAUAAUGUUCAUAGUGAAUCGGGAGAGAGCAGGAGUUCAAUUUGAUCUCAUAUAUGAUGGCAUAUUUGAACGUUGUAGAAAACAUGUGUUCAGGAAGAACCCUCCAACCUUGCCUAACGAAGCUCACGCAUAGGCGCUCUUACUGCUGAUCGCAAUAGCACUACAGAGUCUACAGCUAGGGAAUUCCAACAAGAAGUCAUUUGCCUCUUCCUGUAGUUACCCCCCCUCCCUUUUUCCCCUUUCAUGUAAAUAAAAAGUUUCUACGUUUGUUUUCCUCA